AUGACAAUUCCAGUGCUUGUUUCAUGGCUUUUCUUGAUGUUAUCCACUUACUCAUCUUUAUUCGGUCAUGUUGUUGUUGUGGCUGGUCAAUGUCUCAGCCAUCAACAAUCUUUGUUGCUGCAACUCAAGCAUGCCAUCAUCUUCGACGAAACCAGUUCCAAAAUUUUAGUGAAUUGGAAUGAAAGCUCCGAUUGUUGUACUUGGCCCGGUAUAACCUGUGAUGAUGAUGGACGUGUCAUUGGUCUCAAAUUGAGCAACGAAGGGAUAUUCGGUGGGAUUCAUGACAACUCUGCACUCUUCAACCUCGUGGACCUCAAGAGCUUGGAUUUGUCUUCUAACGGAAACUUAAGCUCAGAGAUUCCAUCAAGGAUUGGUAACCUCACAAAUUUGAAUUAUCUCAACUUGUCAUCUUCUUUCCGGUGUCGUCAAAUCCCAAAAACAAUAUCAGUCCUGAAUAAAUUACUUAUCCUUGAUUUAUCUGACCCCCAUUUACCUUACUUUUUUCGUCAUCCAUAUGACAAGGGCUCAAAUUUGAGCAUGCAUAUGUUUACAAACUUCACAAGACUUGAAGAACUAUAUGUUCGUGGUGUAAAUCUAUCAGCAUCUGGGAAUGAAUGGGGCCAGGCUUUAUCUUCUUCACUGCCUAAUUUGCGAGUAUUGAGUUUAAUCUCUUGUUCUCUUUCUGGUCCUAUUGAUAAGUCGCUUGCCAAGCUUCAAUACCUAUCAGUGGUUCAACUCGAUUACAAUGAUCUUUUGUCUUCUGAAGUUCCAAAAUUCUUUGCGAAUUUCUCAAAUUUGACUACCUUGUCUCUAAGUGGUUGCAGCUUGUAUGGAAUGUUUCCUAAAGAGAUCUUUCAGGUACCAACACUAAGGAUUCUUGACAUAUCGGAGAAUGAAUUACUUGGUGGUUCUUUGCCAGAAUUUCCCCCAGAUAGUGAUCUUCAAAGUCUGGUGCUUUACCGCACUAAUUUCAGUGGGAGUUUGCCUGCUUCUACUGGCAAUCUUGGUCAGUUAUCCAGAUUAGACAUUUAUCAAUGUCAGUUCAGCGGUUCACUUCCAAAGUCCAUGACAAAUCUCACCCAACUUGUUCAUCUUGAUUUAUCAUCAAACAUGUUCACUGUUCCAAUUCCAUCUUUUAAUAUGUCCAGGAACUUGAUGGAAAUAGACCUAUCCAAUAAUUCUCUCAAUGGAAACAUCCCUUCAUCUCUGUUUGCCCUUCCAUCAUUAGAAACAAUUGAUCUCUCAUACAAUCAGUUUAGCGGAGUUGAUGAAUUUCCAAAUGUAUCUUCCUCAGUGUUGAAUUCCGUUUUUUUGAGUGGCAACAAUCUACAAGGUACUGUUCCAUCAUCUCUGUUGGCCCUUCCAUCAUUAGAAACAAUUGAUCUUUCAAACAAUCAGUUUAGCGGAGUUGAUGAAUUUCCAAAUGUAUCUUCCUCAGUGUUGAAUUUCAUUUAUUUGAGUGGCAACAAUCUACAAGGUACUAUUCCAUCAUCUCUGUUUGCCCUUCCAUCAUUAGAAACAAUUGAUCUUUCAAACAAUCAGUUUAGCGGAGUUGAUGAAUUUUCAAAUGUAUCUUCCUCAAUGUUGAAAUAUUUAAGUCUUACUUCUUGCAAACUUGGAGUGUUUCCUUAUCCAAUUAAAAACCUAGCUCUGUUUGAUUUGGACCUUUCAAACAAUCAAAUUUCUGGGGAGAUACCUAAUUGGAUUUGGAAAGUUGCCCUAAAUUUGAAUCUUUCACAUAAUCAGCUGGUGGGCAUGCAAGAACCAUAUUAUCUUCAAAAUCUUAGUAGUCUUGAUCUUAGUUUUAACCAGCUCCACGGGACGAUACCCAUUCUACUACCAAAUGCUCUCCAUGUAGAUUUGUCUAGCAAUAACUUUCAAUCUUCCAUUCCAUCUGACAUUGGUAAUAACCUCAUUGCUACAUAUGUAUCCCUCUCAAACAGUGGCCUUACAGGAGUUAUACCUGAAUCAAUAUGCAAAGCAAGUAACCUAGAAGUUCUCGACCUGUCCAACAACACUUUGAGUGGCAAAAUACCAAGGUGCAUUUUUUCCAUGGAUUCAAUUGUCAUGGUGAAACUUCGAAGGAACAACUUGAGCGGCCCAAUUCCUGAUGCAUUUCCGGAUAAUUGCAAAUUAAAGACCCUAGAUCUCUAUGGAAACUUACUCACAGAUAGGAUUCCAAAAUCUCUGGUCAACUGUCAUCCUUUGAAGGUUUUAAACCUUGGGAAAAAUCAAAUGCUGGAUACUUUUCCACUAUUUUUGAAAAGAAUAUCUACAUUGCUCAUCCUUAUUUUGAAAUCAAACAGAUUGCAUGGCAGCAUUACAUGUGCUGACAACAUCGGUGGUUGGCCAGUGAUUGAAAUUGUGGAUGUAGCUUCCAACAAUUUCAGUGGUGAACUACCAUUUCAAUGCUUAACAACAUGGGGUGUAAUGAAAGGUGAUCCACCAUUGCCAUUGCCAUUCUCAUCCCACGAUAGUUAUAACAGAGCAAUGAGAGAUGUUGACUAUGAAGAUGUAGUACCAGUUACCAACAAACGUCUAGAAAUGGACCUGGUAAAGAUACCCGAGGGAUUCACUUGCAUUGACUUUUCAAGCAACAACUUCUCUGGUGAAAUCCCAAAACAACUGGGACUACUCACAUAUCUGAAGGUACUCAACUUGUCCAAUAAUGCUCUCAGCGGUCAUAUCCCAUCAUCUUUUGGCAACAUGCAUGAGUUGGAGUCAUUAGACCUCUCGAGGAAUCGUCUGAAUGGAGAAAUCCCAGCAUCACUUUCGAAUUUGAAUUUCCUUGAAGUCCUAGACCUGUCGCAUAAUCAGCUUUUUGGAAGAAUCCCCAAAGGUACUCAAAUUCAAACCUUUUCAGCUGAUUGUUUUCAGGAUAAUGAAGGACUAUGUGGGCCUCCUUUGACACCACGUUGCAAAAAUGAUGAGGUUGAUCUGCCACCAAAAACGUCUCAUGAAGCCAGUCAUCAAAACUCUGGCAACAAAGGGAUCAAAUGGGAUCUAAUAAGUGCCGAAGUUGGUUUCGUUGUUGGAUUUGGAACUGUGAUUGGGCCUCUUGUGUUUUCCAGCAGAUGGAGGAAGCGCUAUUACGACCGUGUUGAGGACAUUGCGUUUAGGAUUUUACCUAAUCUGAUUCUUGAGAAAUGGUUGUCAUGGAAGAUGGGAAUGCGAAAAUAA